UCUGUGUUGUUUACUUUUAUUCGCUCUGGGUACGACAUUUCGGAGUACGUCCGCUUUUCCCGUGUAUCAAUUCUAUACAUUUAUUAACCAUGUCGAUCAAGCCGAAGUAUCGCCCACAAAUUAUCAAAAAACGUACCAAGAAGUUCAUCAGACAUCAAAGUGAUCGUUAUGACAAACUCAAGCCCAACUGGCGUAAACCAAAGGGUAUUGACAACAGAGUCCGACGACGAUUCAAGGGACAGUAUUUGAUGCCCAAUGUUGGUUAUGGUAGCGACAAGAGAACCAGACACAUGUUGCCUUCUAAAUUCCGUAAAGUUCUUGUGCACAAUGUUAGAGAAUUGGAAAUGUUGAUGAUGCAGAACAGAAAAUACUGUGGAGAGAUCGCUCACGGUGUUUCAUCUAAAAAUCGUAAAACUAUUGUUUCUAGAGCCCAAGAGUUAUCUAUCAGAUUAACCAAUGGAAACGCACGUAUUCGUACACAAGAGGGUUAAGUUUUGUAAUAAUUAAUUAUUAAUAAAAUAAAAUUUCUUAAAAUCCA